AUGAACUUUUUAACUACUUUAUUAGUUGCCAUUUACUGCUUGUUCUUGCAAGUUGAAGCUGCACCAUUGAACAAGAGAUUGUUUGCACCAUCAUCCCCAGUUUUCUCAUUGAUUGCCAUCCACAAGGGAGAGCCAUUCCAUGCACACUUGGUUAAGUUCAAUGGAAGCUCCAUCAAGUUAGGUUCAGACGAUAAGGCUCUUUUCGGUACUAUUGAAGCUGAUAAUGGAUACAUCUUGAACUUGCCAACUACCAAUGGCUCAAACAUCACUUCUGUGAGCAACGUUGUUGUAUCAAACAAAACCCAAUUACUUGAAACUACCACCAAAAACGGAUCUGCUAGUCAACAUUUCGGAAUCACCAACGGUUGGUUAUCAUUCUUAAACUCAACCAGCUUCUUGGCUUGUGCAGAAUUGGAUACAAGCAAUGUUACCGCUAGCAGAAACAGUACCGGUUACAGCAAUAUCACUGGCAACUAUGAUUUAUACUUCAACCCAAAAAACACCACCAAAUGUCCAAGUGGUGUUAGUUACGAUGUCAAAUUACUGGUCCAAUUGAGUGUCCCAAUUUCAUUCUCCCCAGAAACCAAUGCUGGAGGAUUUUUCAAGAGAGGAAACUUGGUUAACAAAUUUUUCCGUUAA